GAGUUUACUUUCUUAAUUCCGGAAGUAAAAGGACAAGUGCGUUCACAUUUUCAAAGUUAGCCAAAAUAUUGUCAAUGUAACGGUUUGUCGAUGGAAUCAGAGAUAGAAAAAGAAUCACAGCAGUAUGAUAAAUUUGGCAUAUGGCCUGCUAUAUAUCAGGAAAUUAAGGUGGAAGCUGCUGAGAUAGCCUUUGAAGAAGAGCUGUCAACAAAGGAAGCAAAACAACCGACCAAUAAAAACAGGAACCGUUACAGAGAUGUUUACCCAUAUGACCACAGCCGAGUCAAGUUACAGAAAGGCGAGGAGGAUUAUAUCAAUGCCUGUUACUUACCUGUUCCUGAAGCUAAUAGAAAUUAUAUACUUGCUCAGGGUCCAUUAGAACACACCUCAGGACAUUUUUGGCAGAUGGUUUGGGAACAGAAAAGUAAAGCUGUAGUUAUGUUAAACAAAGUCAUAGAAAGUGGUUCUAGAAAAUGUCAUCAGUAUUGGCCAUUAGGUGAGAAUUAUGGUGAUGAUGAAGAAAUGGUUUAUGAAGAUGUACAGUUAAAGAUAACAUUAUUAGAGGAAAGAUCGUGUAACUACUAUAUAGUCAGGACGUUAGAGAUUGAAGAUAUGCAGACAAAUGAAACAAGAGAAAUUUUACAUUUUAAUUAUGUCACAUGGCCAGAUUUUGGCGUGCCUACUUCACCGACAGCAUUUCUGAACUUUCUAAUGGCUGUACGAGAAUCUGGUGGUUUAGAGCCUGAUUCAGGACCCUGUAUUGUACACUGUAGCGCUGGAAUUGGUCGAUCUGGAACUUUCUGCUUGGUUGACUCUGUACUUGUUAUAAUUGAAAAUCAAGAACAUAUGAAUGGUAUAGAUAUACGUAAGAUGGUGUUAGACAUGAGAUAUUAUAGAAUGGGACUUAUACAGACGGCUGAUCAGUUACGAUUUUCUUAUCUUGCCAUAAUAGAAGGAGGGAGAAGGUUAUUGAAUAAAGAACAGAUAUCUACAAUGGACGUACUGUCAAGUUACUUAGAAGAAGAAGAGAAAUCUUCAGAUGAUGAAGCUCCUCCUAAACCACCGACUCGAGUGGAAAGUUUGCCACAUAGAAAUGAACCCCCACCGCUUCCUCCAAGAACUGGUUUCCAGAAUUCAGUGGAUACUAUGGAAGGUUUGAACUCAAAAGAAUCAGUUAGUGGUACCAGUGAACUCAGGAGAAGAAAUAGAGAAGACAGAAAGAAGAAAACAGAAGAGCAAGUCAGAAAAAUGAAAGAUAAAUUACGGGACAGUGAACUUUCAAAAAAGCGAAAAUCAUAUUUAAAACCUGUAGCUAUAGGACUGACUGGACUGACACUUUUGAUUGGUGGAUUUCUUAUUUACACAUAUUAUUUAGGUCAUGAUAAGGGAUAAGGUAUAUCAGGGGUUAAUAUUUUGGUUAUAAAUAGUCUGACUAACCUCAAAUGGUAGGACUUACAGUUUUAUACUCUGUGACAAACGAGAGUUUUGUCUGCUUUACGCGCAUGUAUUUUUUAUUAUAGAUAAUAUCAAAUAUUUUCUUUUAUUACAAGAAAUCUCAAAAGAUGUUUUAUAUAUAGAUUCACUGGUGCUCAUAUUAAGAUUGCUUUUGACAGUUUUAGUAGUAGAUUUCUUUAUUUUUUUAAUUUAUAAGGCAUAAUGUAUUUUUGAAUGAACAUGUUAUUUCUGGAAUAUGGUUUUGAAAGUCAGGAAGUUUCAUCAAUAGAUUUUUAAGGGAAAAGUAUCCUGAUUUUAUUUUCCACUGUUUUUGUAAGAUAAAAGCCAUCUAUAGGUUUGGUAUAAAAUCUUUUGUUUGACUGUUUUAAAACUAAGCACUUGUCCCUGACCACAGCUUCAUAUUUUUUUACAUUUAUAUUAUUUAAGAAAGGUUUAAUCUGCAUCAGCUUUGAAUUUUAAGAAGAAAUUAUAUAUAUCAUUUAAAAAAUGUGUUCAUACCUAAAGCCAGUAGUUUAAAAGUAUUCCCUUAUUUCUAUUUGUAGCAAUCAUUUCUUCAAUCUAUCUACCUGUUUAGUGAUAAUCACUUUACCUUUGUUUUUUUAAUGGAUUUUUUAUAAACUUUAUAAAGGGAAAGGUACCAUGAAUGAUCUAAUGCUGAAGUAAUAAGCUUAAGAUCAUUUAUACUAUGAACAUGAUGAACUUAUCAUUCAAAGUGUUACUUGUUUGUUUAUUAUAAGAUAUAAUGAUAGAACCAUCUUUAUGGAAAUAGGUCAGUACUUUAUUACAAGGAAACCAUCAUAAGAAGAAAAAAUAGUAUAUUAAUACAAAAUUUAGUUUAUGUGAGUUUAAUAUUGACAAGGGUUAAUUUAUAAAUACAUUUUAUCAAACUGAAAUAUAAAAUUCAUUCAAAAUAUGUCUGAGAUAUUUGUCACUGGACAUUAAACAAACAACUACCUGUCCAUUAUGUUUGAAAUAUACUCUCACUUUGAAUUUUGUUUUACCUAAAUUUUACUUAUAAGGUGGUACCCAACCCCUUCACUAAAAUUAAUUUGUCUCUUUUAAUUUCAAAAAAAAAGUUGAUAAAAUAUAUUUACUAUGACCCUUUGACAAAAAAUUUGAACCAACCAUUUUAUCAGAAAAAAUACACUGGUUAUAUAGCAGUUUGACAAACACUAAUUUUGAUCAUUGAGAAGCCUAAUAUUCCCAUAACAACAAGACGUCAUUAAAACGUUAAGCUGAUUUUACAGAGUUAUCUCCCUGUAGUGUUAGGUACCACCUUGAAGGCAUCCAUUAAUCAUUGUCAUUAUUCAUACUAUGUAGAUGAGCUCUUAUUCAGUUAUAUAUAACCUGCAUGUUUUAUUUAUUUUUUGUUUUCUUUCUGUCUUGGCUUGUAAAUUUUAUACCUUGCACCAGUGAUAAUGAAAUACAUAAAAGAAAAGGUACUAAAUAAAUUUUUCUUUUAGUAAACCUUGAUGUAUUUGGUAGAGUCAAAUUGUCUAUGAAAUAUGUUAUUUACUUAAGUCAGUAGUUCAACAUCAUGGAAGUUGAGUUAAAAAAAAAAAGUAAAUAAA